CCUUAUCCAAUAUUUAUAACCCACGGCGUAGCUCUGUUUUACCUUUCCGACCAGGAGUGAGCAGAGUGCGGUGAGCGCCGGCAAUGGCUCUGGUUCGUCUUCCUUGUUCUUCCUCCUUCUUAUUCCUUCGUUCUAAUCAACAGAAUCUGGUGUUUAUCGCGCCUCUCUCAUGUCUGCAAAAUCCAUCUUAUUCCAACAAUGGCGAUAUCAAACUCUCUCUUUCGCGCUCUUCUUCCUCGCUUUUUUCUACUCCCCUCGGCCACAAUCCUUUAACUUCCAUUAGGGCUAAGAGAACCAGAAAGUUUGUUUUCCAGUUGGCCUCGACCUCCCAAGACGAUGCGAUAGCGAGCUCUUCUUCUGAUGCUGAGGAGUUUUCUCGAACCAGAUUGCUUGCUCAGAACGUGCCUUGGGAUUCUACUCCUGAGGAUAUUCGUUCUUUGUUUGAGAAAUAUGGUACUGUCGUAGACGUGGAGCUUUCAAUGUAUAACAAGAUCAGAAAUAGGGGCUUGGCGUUUGUCACAAUGGGAUCACCUGAGGAGGCCCUUGCGGCAGUUAAUAAUCUCGAAUCGUAUGAAUUUGGGGGUCGUACCCUGAAGCUCAAUUAUGCUAAGGUUAAAAAAGAGAAACCCUCCCCUCCCGUGAAACCAAACCCCGUUACUUUUAAUUUGUUUGUUGCAAAUUUGCCAUUUGAUGCAAGAGCAAAGGACCUCAGGGAGUUCUUCGAUUCGGGGAGUGGGAAUGUAGUUUCUGCACAAAUUAUUUUUCACGAGAAUCCAAGAAGGUCUUCUGGAUAUGGUUUUGUUGCAUUCAAAACAAAGAAGGAUGCCGAAGCAGCUAUUUCUGAGUUUCAAGGGAAGAAUUUCAUGGGAAGAUCACUUCGUGUUGCACGUAGUAAACAGUUUGUGAAACUUCCCUCAGAAGAGAAUUCCCAAUCUGACGAUACAUCAACUGAUGGUGUGGAGCUAGCCAGUGCUGCUGCUGAAGUUUAAAAUUCAGAAGCCUCUCACUGGAGGAACUAAGGAGUUUGCUAUCAACCUUUCUUUCUUUUUCUUGUUCUCUAUCUUUUUUUGGAGGUAUGCUAUCUAGUUAUUCAAUUAAGGAACACAGUACUUUCCCUUUUCUUUUACCUAUAAAUCUCCUACCUCUAAUGUUUAGAUGAUUCAAAGUUGGAUACCCCAACAAAAAACGCUCAUUAGAUCAUUUACUGUAUCCUUUUCUCUAUAUGAAGUCUUAAUGGUGAUUUAUCAACGCACGUUAAUGUAAUUGAAUUUAGCAUUUAGUUAAUGAAUGAAUACAAAUGAACUAGGUUUCAUAGUUGAAUUGGCAUCUUAUGACUGUUUAGGUUCGAGGUGAGUUAUUCCAUUGCAUAGUCACAGUAUUGUAUUGAUUCAAGAACAAAGGACAAUCAGUGCAAUUUGAUCCAUGCGUAUUUGCUUUACAUAGAUAGGUGGGUGGAGAAAGCAAUCCCAAUAUGAAUUUCUGUUCAUGUGUACUAUAUUGCAUGAUCUCAGCAUUGUACUUGCAUUCACAUUCAUGUGUACUAUAUUUCAUAAUUGAGAACAUUGAAGGACAACCUGUACAAUUUGAUUCUUUUUCUUUAAAUUGACAAGUGUUUGGUGGGGUGGGGAGGAACAAUUCCUCCAUCUUUUCUCAUUCAUGUGUGCUAUAUUUUGCAUAAUCACAGGGUUGUGCUGAAUCGAUAACAUUGGAGAACAGUCUGCAAUUUGUUUGUUUAGAUGAUUCAUUUCAAUGCUUUAGGAAAUCUAGUCCACUUUGAGUAUCAGCAUUUGAGUGAACAUUUGUUGGUUCAUAUUUCAUGAAUGCUGGCCAUCCCUUCAGUGUGAAGAUGCAAUGGAUAGAUAUUAUCCUCAAAUGCAGUGUUGAUUGUUUGUUCU